GCGAGUGCUGUCUUUUCGUUCAAGAAUACGCCCGGCAUACGUUCACAGGACGAGUGCUCAAGACGGACGUGGACGGAAAAGUUGAAGAAUUCACGCAGUCGACUCGGGUGCCGUUCUUCAUUCUGCUUUUGUCUCAUCGAGGACGUCAUUCGAAAUCAAUAACCUAUUUUUGUCGGACCGACCGCAGCCAGAUAGAAUGGAUGCCUUUAAUCAGCACCAAUGCCUUCGUGGUACACGGACGGAAAUCAUGAAGCAGGCGGUAGAAUGGAUGCUAUCGGACUCAGACCAGAAUGUCUUCUGGCUGUACGGUGCGGCAAGAUCUGGUAAGAGCACAGCCAGUACAACGACCGCAGAACGUUUCCGUGGCUUAUCCCGUCUCGGAGCCCAUCUAUUUUUCGUGCUGUGUCAUCCGAACAUAUGCGUAUAAACUCACCUCAUUCGACUCUUCGGUGGGGACUAAUGUAAUUGCAGCAAUAGAUCGGGACAACGAUAUUACACAGGCCACUUCGGCAACGCGUUUGAGAAUCUGCUUCAUGGUCCACUUUCUCUGUCUAGGGAAGCUAUGCAAGGCCAUGUUGUAAUUUUUCUCGACGCAUUGGACGAAUGCGGUACGCAAAGGACAAGGCGGAGCCUAAUGGAGAGUUUCCGGGAAGGGCUACCAGAACUCCCAAAGAACUUUCGGUUCCUGAUCACGAGCAGGAAGGAAUCAGACAUCAAACGACCUUUCUGUGGUCGACCUGAUCGCAUUCUUGCCGUUGAACUGGAUCACGGAUCAGAACGCUGCAGGGAGGACGUGCUUCACUAUCUCGAGUACUCAAUGCGCAAUGUGUUCGAGAUUAGGGAGUUGCCGAUUCCUGAUGACUGGUAGUUGAAAAUAGACCGCCUUGCGAAAGCUGCAGCAAGACUGUCCGUCUGGGCCUCGAUAGCAGUGAAAGUAGUGGAUUGCAAUAACCCUGCCCUGAGGCUUACAAAUCUUGUACCCGAAUCGCAGCGUCUUUCUGGUUUCGAGCAACUCUAUAACUCUAUCCUUAGAAAUUUGGGUAUUUCAUUCGACGAUGAAUCGUCCAAGCUUCGGUUUUCGCAGGUGUUUGGUUUUGUCCUUCUGAGCAGGACUCGGCUCACUGACGAUACCAUCG